UGAUGAAGACGGAGGAAAAAGACAGCGCGAUUUCAUGGUUCUGGUUCCUUCAUGUCAAAUAUCAACAACGCUUUUAGAUGAAAGUCCGGAAUUGGCCCAGUAGCCAUUUUUAAGGCGGCAUGUUGGGGGAAUGCGGGUUCUUCUAUAUGCUGUAUAAGUUCUAAAUUGGAGUUGGGAAGAGAGAGGGACUGCUAGAACAAUACACGAGUGACUAUUUUGCAUGAGAUGCAGAAUUGUGACGAAAUUUGGUAGAUAUGGAGCGUUGUCCGACAGAUUUAUAAAGAAUCAAUCGGACUAGAUUGGGGUGGCGACUGCAAUCUCUAUGCAAUUGAGUUGGAAGUGGAGUUGGGGGGAAAAUGGAGAUAGCUGCUUCUGCUUCUUGGUAUUUGUUUGGUACAAGGACCGGUACCCAACAAUUCUGUCCACCUUCGCCCUCAGAGGGACUGCUGUUGAAGAAGACAAACUUUAAUUAUUUCGAUCGAGGUUAUGUAUCAGGUUUGCCUGCACUUAGCAGAAACUAUUCUCUGCUCUUUCAUCAAACUGGACUCCAAAUUCACAAGAAAGCUCAUUUUCAGGUUUUCUGUGGCAAACAGAGGGAGACUCCUGUCAUAGAGGCUGCGUGCAUGGAGGACAUAUAUGAUGCUUUAGCUGAACGUCUUGUUCCCACUGCUGCAGCAGCUUCAACUUCCAACUACAAGCACAUAGUUGGUCUGGCUGGUCCCCCAGGUGCUGGGAAAACUACUCUUGCUUCUGAGGUGGCUCGACGUAUCAACACGUUAUGGCCUCAGAAAUGCAUUUCCUUUGAUUCUCAAGUUGAUCCUUCAGAAGCAGCUAUCAUUCUUCCCAUGGACGGUUUCCACCUUUAUCGGCACCAGCUUGAUGCAAUGGAGGAUCCAGAGAAAGCCCAUGCAAGAAGGGGAGCUCCAUGGACUUUUGACCCUGGACUGCUUCUAAGGUGCCUCGAGACUAUGAGAGAUCAGGGAUCAGUUUAUGCUCCAUCUUUUGACCACGGAGUUGGCGAUCCUGUUGAAGAUGACAUCUUUGUUGAUGUUAGGCACAAAGUGGUGAUAGUUGAAGGUAAUUAUUUGCUGCUGGAAGAAGGUGUAUGGAAGGAUAUUUCAACCAUAUUUGAUGAGAAGUGGUUUGUUGAUGUAGACAUGGAGAUAGCAAUGGAACGGGUUCUAAAGAGACACAUAUCAACAGGAAAGCCACCUCAUGUUGCUAAAUGGCGGAUAGAUUACAACGAUCGACCCAAUGCCGAACUCAUUAUGAAAUCAAAGAAUAAUGCAGAUCUGAUCGUGAAGUCCGUUGACCUCUCAAGGUGAUCUCGUGCCUCCGUGUACAGGGACAAAUGAAGUUUCAAAAUCUGUCUAUUUUUGAUGAGGCGGCAAACUUCUGAAGAAUAGUAGUACACUAGUACUUGUUUAGCGCACAUCGAAAGGUCGCAUGCUUUCUGAUUUCUGAAGAUCGCUUCUGAAGAAGCAGGAGCAAAGUUCUGAUUUUGAUGUUUUCCCUUUAUUUUGGGGGAGAUGAUGUUGUUGUUGUUGGCUAUGCACAAAUUAAUACGAGCAUAUUGCUGUCGAUAAGUACAUUGUGUCGAAUUAAAUAAAUAUGCAAUUCCUCGAGCAACUAUAAAAGGCUGUUUGUGUUUUCUU